AAAGAAAGCAGACUCCUGGCUGUGACGCACUUCUGGCUGUCAGCCAGGAAGAUCGCUCCUGCCAGGCUGACUGAGAAGAAAACCAACAACUUUUCUUUUGUGUGUGGGGUUACUUUCCACUAGCCCCCCCUCCUCCUCUCCUUUCAAGAUUUAGAUGCUAAUGGCGGAUUAAAACCUGUAGAUACAUUUGGCUUUAGGAGUCUGGUGCACUGGGGUGACUGACUGGCAUCACCAAGAUGACCCUCCAUGCCAGCCGGUCUGCUGCACUCCUCUCGUGGGUGAACAGUCUGCGUGUGGCUGACCCUGUGGAGGCCUUGCUGCAGCUCCAGGACUGCAGUGUCUUCCUCAAGAUCAUUGACAGGAUCCAUGGCACUGACGAGGGACAGCAAAUCCUGCAGCGGCCGGCACCAGAGAGACUGGAUUUUGUGUGUGUUUUUCUGCAGAAAAACCGAAAACAUCCCUCUGCCCCGGAAUGCCUGGUGUCAAGGCAGAAGGUGAUGGAAGGGUCAGAGCUGGAACUGGCCAAGAUGACCAUGCUGCUUUUAUACCACUCCACCAUGAGCUCCAAAAGCCCCAGGGACUGGGAACAAUUCGAAUAUAAGAUUCAGGCCGAGUUAGCUGUCAUCCUAAAAUUUGUGCUGGACCAUGAGGAUGGGCUAAACCUGAACGAGGAUCUGGAGAACUUCUUACAGAAAGCUCCUGUCCCUUCCACCUGUUCCAGCAUCUUCUCUGAAGAAUUGUCCCCCCCGAGCCACCAGGCCAAGAGGGAGGUUCACUUCCUUGAGCUACAGAAGGUUGCCUCCUCUUCCAGUGGGAACAACUUCCUUGCAGGGUCUCCUGCCUCACCCAUGGGCGACAUUCUGCAGACCCCACAAUUUCAAAUGAGACGGCUGAAGAAGCAGCUUGCAGAUGAGAGAAAUAAUAGGGAUGAGCUGGAGCAGGAGUUGGCUGAGAAUCGCAAACUCCUCACUGAAAAGGAUGCACAGAUAGCCUUGAUGCAGCAACGCAUCGACCGCCUGGCUCUGCUAAAUGAGAAGCAGGCAACCAGCCCACCGGAACCCAGGGAGCUCGAGGAGCUCCGGGUCAAGAAUGAGAGCCUCACUGUGCGACUCCACGAGACUCUGAAGCAGUGCCAGGACCUGAAGACGGAGAAGGGCCAGAUGGAUCGCAAAAUCAGCCAACUUUCUGAAGAGAAUGGGGACCUUUCCUUUAAGCUGCGGGAGUUUGCCAGUCACCUGCAGCAACUACAGGGGGCACUGAACGAACUGACCGAGGAACACAACAAGGCCACACGGGAAUGGGUGGAGAAACAGGCCCAUCUGGAGAAAGAGCUGGGCACAACCCUGCAGGACAAGAAAUGCCUUGAAGAGAAAAAUGAAAUCCUUCAGGGGAAACUUUCACAACUGGAAGAACAUUUGGCCCAGCUGCAGGAGAAUCCAACCCGGGAGAAGGGCGAGGUGCUGGGUGACGUCUUGCAGUUGGAAACCCUGAAGCAAGAGGCAGCCACUCUUGCUGCAGACAACACCCAGCUCCAAGCCAAGGUGGAGGCAAUGGAGACUGAACGGGGCCAGCAGGAAGCCAAGCUGCUUGCUGAACGGAGCCACUAUGAAGAAGAAAAGCAGCAACUGGCUGGCCUGAUUGCCCAGCUGCAGGUCUCCCUGGACAACCUCAGACAGGCCAAGGAAGAGCUAGAACAAUCCUCCCAGGCUCAGGGGACCCGACUUGGUGCCCAGGUGACCACGCUGACCUCUGAAAUCACCACCCUCAAAGCCGCACUCCAGGAGCAGGAUCAAGAACUGGCUAGCCUGAAACAACAGGCCAAAAAUGAGCAGGCCCAGCUAACACAGACCCUCCAGCAACAAGAACAGGCCUCCCAGGACCUUCGCCACCAGAUGGAGCAGCUGAGCAGCAGCCUGAGGCAGAAGGAGCAGCAGUUGGAGGAGGUGGCCAAGGAGCAGGAGGCAACUAGGCGAGAGCACACCCAGCAGUUGGCUGCUGCUACUAAAGAACGGGAAGCCUCUUUCAGGGAGAGGGAUUCGGCCCUCCGGCAGCUGGAGGCAUUGGAGAAGGAGAAGGCUGCCAAGCUCGAGCUCCUGCAACAGCAGCUUCAGGCUGCUAAUGAAGCCCGGGACAGUGCCCAGACCUCAGUCAAACAGGCCCAAAAGGAGAAGGCAGAGCUGAGCCAAAAGUUGGAAGAAUUCCGUGCCCAAGUUGAGGCAACCCGCCAGGAGCAGGGUGAGACCCAGGCCCAGGUGGCAGAGCUAAAGGCCCAACUGAGGUCUGAGCAGCAAAAAGCAACCGAGAAAGAAAGGGUGACUCAGGAGAAGGGCCAGCUGCAGAAGCAGGUUCGGGCCCUGGAGGAGUCCUUGAGGCUUACCCAGGGCAGCCUGGAAGAGGAGAAGCGCAGGGCUGCAGAUGCCUUGGAACAGCAGCAGCGCUGUAUCUCCAAGCUGGAGGCAGAGACCCAGAAUCUGCUGGAGCAGCAUAAGCAGGGACGGAAGGAACUGGAAGAAGAGAAGGAUGGGCGCAAGGGACUGGAGACCCAAGUGCAGCAGCUUGGGGAGGCCCAUCAGGCUGAGGUGCAGGGCCUGCGACGGGAGCUGACCGAGGCCCUGGCCUCCCAGCACAGGGCCAAGAGUGAGUGUGAGCAGCUUGCCAAAGAGGUGGCUACCUGGCGCGAGCGGUAUGAGGAUAGCCAGCAAGAGGAAGCACGCUAUGGCGCCAUGUGCCAGGAACAGAUGAUGACCCUGAAGGAGGAAUGUGAGAAGGCCCGCCAGGAACUCCAGGAGGCAAAGGAGAAGGUGGCUGAGGUGGAGGCCCACAGCGAGCGCCAGCUAGGCCGGCAGCAAAGUGAACUAGCUCAGCUGCAUGCCAACCUGGCCAGAGCCCUCCAGCAGGUCCAGGAGAAGGAGGUCAGGGCCCAGAAGAUUGCAGAUGACCUCUCCACUCUGCAGGAGAAAAUGGCUGCAACCAGCAAGGAGGUGGCCCACCUAGAGGCCUUGGUGCGCAGGGCAGGUGAGCAGCAAGAAACAACUUCCUGUGAGCUACUCAAGGAGCACCCAAGGGCAGGAGACCGAGAGUCAGAGUGGCUGGAAGAGCAGCGGGGUCGCCCAUUCUGCAGCACCCAGGAUGCACUGCAGGCCAUGAAGCGUCAGGCAGAGCAAAUGGGCAGUGAGCUGGAGAGGCUGCGGGCUGCGCUGAUGGAGAGCCAAGGACAGCAGCAGGAGGAGCGUGGACAGCAGGAGAGGGAGGUGGCAAGGCUGACCCAGGAGCGGAGCCGGGCCCAAGCUGAUCUUGCCCUUGAGAAGGCUGCCAAGGCGGAGCUUGAGAUGCGGCUGCAGAAUGCCCUCAAUGAGCACCGUGUGGAGUUUGCUGCCCUGCAAGAGGCACUGUCCCGUGCGCAGGUGGAAAAGGAAGAGAAAGCCCAGGAGCUGGUCAAGUGGCGUGAACACGAGGCGGCCCACAAAACGGAGCUGGGGGAGCUUCAGCAAACUGUGGAGCAAUUGAAGACACAGCUUGCCAAGAAAGAGGAAGAACGCCAGCAGUCUGUAGUGAAAGCCGGUGGAGGAGAUGUUUCUGGGUCAGGAGCCCAGUCUGAGACAACUGGAAAGACAGAGCAAAAAGGUGCUGAGCUGGAAGCUCUGCGGGCAGAAGUGAGCAAGCUGCAGCAGCAGUGCCGGGAGCAUCAGCACAAGGCCUCUAGCCUGGAGCGCAGCCUAGAGUCUGAGCGCGCCUCCCACACUGAGCAGGCCAAGGCUCUGGAGACAUUGCGGAGCCAGUUAGAGGAGAAGGCCCAGGAGCUGGGACAUAGUCAGGACACUUUAGCCUCCACCCAAAGGGAACUGGCCACCCUCCGCACCAAGGCUCAAGACCACAGCAAGGCUGAGGAUGCGUGGAAGGCCCAGGUAGCCCGGGGCCAGCAAGAGGCUGAAAGAAAAAACAGUCUCAUCAGUAGCUUGGAGGAGGAGGUGUCCAUCCUCAACCGCCAGGUUCUGGAGAAGGAGGGUGAGAGCAAGGAAUUGAAGCGGCUGGUUGUAGCUGAGUCAGAAAAAAGCCAGAAGCUGGAGGACAGGCUACGCCUGCUCCAGGCCGAGACGGCCAGCAGCAGUGCCAGAGCUGCUGAACGAAGCUCUGCUCUGCGGGAGGAGGUCCAGACCCUUCGGGAGGAGGCGGAGAAACAGCGGGUGGCUUCAGAGAGCCUACGGCAGGAGCUGGCCUCCCAGGCCGAGCGAGCAGAGGAGCUGGGCCAAGAGUUAAAGGCGUGGCAAGAGAAGUUCUUCCAGAAGGAGCAGGCCCUCUCAGCGCUGCAGCUCGAGCACACCAGCACCCAGGCCCUGGUGAGUGAGCUGCUGCCCGUCAAGCACCUGUGCCAGCAGCUGCAGGCUGAGCAGGCAGCUGCGGAGAAACGCCAUCGUGAGGAGCUGGAGCAAAGCAAGCAGGCAGCUGGUGGGCUGCGGGCGGAGCUGAUGCGAGCCCAGCGGGAACUCGGGGAGUUGGUGCCCUUGCGGCAGAAGGUGGCAGAGCAAGAGCGAGCAGCCCAGCAGCUGCGAGCCGAGAAGGCCAGCUACGCAGAGCAGCUGAGCAUGCUAAAGAAGGCUCACGGCCUGCUGGCAGAGGAGAACCGGGGGUUGGGCGAGCGAGCAAACCUUGGCCGGCAGUUUUUAGAAGUGGAGCUGGACCAGGCUCGGGAGAAGUAUGGCCAAGAGCUAGCAGCUGUGCGUGCUGACGCCGAAACCCGCCUGGCUGAGAUGCAGCGGGAAGCACAGAGUACUGCCCGCGAGCUGGAGGCGAUGACUGCCAAGUACGAGGGUGCCAAGGGCAAGGUCCUGGAGGAGAGACAGCGGUUCCAGGAAGAGAGGCAGAAACUAACUGGCCAGGUGGAAGAACUGAGUAAGAAGCUCGCUGACCAUGAGCAGACCAGCAGGGCCCAGCAGCAGAAGCUGAAGGCCCAGGGAGGCGAGAGCCAGCAAGAGGCCCAGCGUCUGCAGGCGCAGCUGAAUGAGCUGCAGACCCAGCUGAGCCAGAAGGAGCAGGCGGCUGAGCACUACAAGCUGCAAAUGGAGAAAGCCAAGACCCAUUAUGAUGCCAAGAAGCAACAGAACCAAGAGCUGCAGGAGCAGCUGCGAGGCCUGGAGCAGCUGCAGAAGGAAAACAAGGAGCUGCGGACCGAAGCUGAGCGACUAGGCCGUGAGCUCCAGCAGGCCGGGCUGAAAACCAAGGAGGCUGAACAGAGCUGCCGCCACCUCACUGCCCAGGUGCGCAGCCUGGAGGCGCAGGUUGCCCACGCUGACCAGCAGCUUCGAGACCUGGGCAAGUUCCAGGUGGCGACUGACGCCUUAAAGAGCCGGGAGCCCCAGGCCAAGCCUCAGCUGGACUUGAGUAUUGACAGCCUGGACCUGAGCUGCGAGGAGGGAACCCCGCUCACUAUCACCAGCAAGCUGCCUCGUACCCAGCCAGAUGGCACCAGCAUCCCCGGAGAGCCGGCCUCGCCCAUCUCCCAGCGCCUACCCCCCAAGGUAGAAUCCCUGGAGAGUCUCUACUUCACCCCCAUCCCUACUCGGGGUCAGGCCCCCCUGGAGAGCAGCCUGGACUCCCUGGGGGACGUCUUUCUGGACUCAGGCCGCAAGACCCGCUCUGCUCGCCGGCGAACCACGCAAAUCAUCAACAUCACUAUGACCAAGAAGCUAGACGUGGAAGAACCAGACAGUGCCAACUCCUCCUUCUACAGCACGCAGUCCGCCCCUGCUUCCCAGGCCGGCCUGCGAGCUACCUCCUCUGCCCAGUCUCUAGCCCGCCUGGGCUCUCCUGACGACGGAAAUGCAGCUCUGCUUAGCCUGCCCGGCUACCGGCCCACCACACGCAGCUCUGCACGCCGCUCUCAGGCUGGAGUGUCCAGUGGGGCGCCUCCAGGAAGGAACAGCUUCUACAUGGGCACGUGCCAGGAUGAGCCCGAGCAGCUGGACGACUGGAACCGCAUCGCAGAGCUGCAGCAGCGCAACCGAGUCUGUCCCCCGCACCUGAAGACCUGCUACCCCCUGGAAUCUAGACCUUCCCUGAGCCUGGCUACCAUCACAGAUGAGGAGAUGAAAACCGGGGACCCCCGGGAGACCCUGCGCCGAGCCAGCAUGCAGCCAGCCCAGAUAGCCGAGGGCGCUGGCAUUACCACCCGGCAGCAGCGCAAACGUGUCUCCUCUGAGUCCCACCAAGGCCCUGGCACCCCUGAGUCUAAGAAGGCUACCAGCUGUUUCCCGCGCCCCAUGACUCCCAGAGAUCGACACGAAGGGCGCAAACAGAGCACUACUGAGGUGCAGAAGAAAGCAGCUGCGGCCGUUAAACAGGCUGACCGCCGCCAGUCAAUGGCCUUCAGUAUCCUCAACACGCCCAAGAAGCUCGGGAAUAGCCUUCUACGGAGGGGGGCCUCAAAGAAAGCCCCAGCCAAGGCCUCCCCCAGUACCCGCAGUGGAACCCGCCGCUCUCCACGUAUUGCCACGACCACCGCUGCCACUGCCACCACCCCUCGGGCCAAGGGCAAGGCAAAGCACUAAAGGGCAGCACCAGUGACUGGCCCUACCUGUGUCCCGAUGCUGGCCUCGCCUGGCUGUCGUCCUCCUGCCCCUCUCAGUGCCUUUCUCAGCUCCCAGGCCCGCAGCGGCCAGACCCCUAGAGACAGUGACGCCUGCCCAACCCUGGCCUGGCCCUCCACGAGAACCUUGGCUAGGUGUCGGAGGUGGCCCGGAGCCUGGGUUCUCUCCCUCUCCUGAUGUUUUCCAACAGCAAGUCACUUCUCCGUCGCAACCAGAUUUGAGGCUGGCUUUGGGCCCAGACAGUCCUCUCCGCCUCUAGAAGGGACCAUUGGAGGAGCAGGUGCUGCUGCUCCUGGUGGCUGGGCUUAACAGGGCCCUUGCUCUUAAAGUCUAGGACUGGUCACUGACUUGGGGGGGGGGGGGCACCCCGCCCUCUGGUGUUCCGACCUAACCAAGGACACGGUGGCCCAGAGGAUGCUUUUUCCAGGAUCAGUGGGCCCUGGGCAGCCUCCAGAGGCAGCUCACCCCCUACCUGCCCCAGGCCUGUCCCUGGGGUAGGACUGGGAGUGUUGGGAUGGAUCUUUUCUAAAUGUUAUUACUUGUAAAUAAAGUCUAUUUUUCUCCCUUGAGAGCUGCCUUGAUCUAUGCAGGGAAACUUGGGCUCUUUGGAGCACACCUUUGUCCCUGCUUUAGCUUCAAGGCCCUCCCUCCUGCACCCCAUUUCUAGCUUCUCUUCCUGCGGAGAGUGAGGCGCUGUCUCUCUUCGGAAGACUCACGUCCCCUGAAUGGGGUUUGUCUUCAGCUUCUGCGUGGCAGGCCCUCUUCCCGCAAUCCCUCCUGGGACAGGCCAAGUUCUGUAGUCGAAUGAUGGUAAAUGAACAGAUGUCAGCACACCUCUGCCAAGAUCAUUUAUGUGUGCCCCAGCAGGCUCUGCCCCCAGCUCCUUCCGGGGACAGUCCAUUAGCGGACAGAACAAAAUACAAAUAAAAGGUUAAGUUGACGCGGAAUGUGGCUGAGCAGAGACUUGACGGAAGACACGGUGGAGGCAGUGGGGAAUCCACCCAGGCAGAAGUGAGAGCCGUCCAGAAACAGUUCUUUACCGGGCUCUGGAGCCUUGGCUGAGGGGGUGAUGGGUCUUGGAGGCUGCUGAGUAGAGCAGUGUGAGAGGCAGACACACAGGAGGGACAUUGGAUUCGGUGAGAGGAAGAACAA